AUGGGCUCCCAUGCGCGAUUUGACGCGCAAUUGGCGCUGACGGCGGUGCUGGCGCUGGCAGCCUGCGCCGCGGCGCAGCGCAGCACCGUGGGGGGGCAGCCGUGCGUGUUCCCGUUCACGUUCGAGGGCCAGGAGUACAACGACUGCGUAGAGUCGGAAGGAAUCGAGUGGUGUUCGACGGCGAGUGGUGAAUUCGACAUGUGUGACCCCAGCAGUGCGCCCAGUGCCUCCGUGGCCACCCCAGUUGCUGCAACCCCGACGCCUCCUGUAUCAUUCGCGAAUGGCGGAUCCGACUGCUGCGGCCUGUUGGCGGGCAUUGGCUUCAGCAGCAGUCUGCCGGUCGUCAUCAUCGAUUCCGGUGGGCAACAGAUCCCGGACGAGCCGAAGAUCCAAUCCUACGCCUGCACGUGCAAUGCCCCAGGAGGAGACGUCGCCGGCAGCGUGGGCAUUGAGAUUCGAGGCUCCACCUCUGCACGGGACUUCUUAAAGAAGUCGUUCGCUGUCGAGUUUCGGGAUGAGCAAGGAAACGACAUGGACGUGACAUUCAUGGGUGGGUGCCAGCAUCUGGCAACAAACGCCGGUCGCUCAAUCUGCGACCACGGGCAGACAGCUUCGUGCUGCAGACAGUGGCCGCAAUGGAUACGAACGUUCAUUUCCGAUUUGCGUAUGAGCAAUGCUUCUUUUGCAGUGGAUGUGAUUUUAACUCACGUUUGCAAGCUACUUUGA